AUGAGGAAAAAGUCUUCUGCUUCAUCCCACCUGUAUUAUUUUCCGUUGAGUUGUGUAAUUCUUGAUGGUGCCACUAAUUUAUUGACCACCAUUGUGGACUCGUUCUCUCAACAAGAUUCCACAUCUUCAGCAGCAACUGGAAAUAACCAAACUUUCAAUGAUACUUCAUCAAAUUGUAGCUCGCCAUCAUUAAUGACCGUUGACAGUUCAAUGACAUUUACAGAAUAUCAUGAUGGAAGAUCGUUCACUGUUCCAUGUGUUUAUGAACUGAGAGAUCGUUUUCAGAGGUUUUUGAAAGAAACUUCAACUAGGAGAGCUGAUGAUUAUCUCAUCAAGUUGCAUAAAUUAAUGUUUUUAGAUGAAUUUUAUGAUCCAACAAGGAAUAGAAGAAAGAGAAUUGAGAAUUGUGAAACAUUAUUCAGAAUGUGUGAUCAAUAUUUGACAUUGAUUCAUAUUCAAUCAAAAAAUUCACUUUCCUUUUCAUUAUUAGAUACAUUCCCAUAUUUGUAUAACUUUGAAGAAAUGCAAAAGAUUCAACCUGACAAUUCCAUUUUGAAAAAUCAUGAAUAUUUGGUGAAAUGGUUCAGAAAACAAUCUGAAAAUUUAAAGAAAUAUUUGGCAGAGAAAGCUAAUCAAGAAGUAUUGAAUGGUGGAGAAUCCACUUCACCAGUUUCACCAGAGGAAUCAACACAUGACCUAAAUGAAUCGAUGGCUUCUCCAACAUUGAGUGGAUAUAUUAAUUCUCCAACAAAAUCCAUACCUGGCAUUGAGGAAAAACAAGCAGAACAAUCGAAACUUGCCGAUUAUUUGGAUGAAAAUGAAUUGAAAAUGUUAACAUACAUGUUGAGUUCUGAAUUGGAAGAUUACUUUUCACUCUUCCAAAAGUCAAAUGUUAAAUACAUGAAAAAGUGGUUGGAAAAGAAUGUAAAAAGUUUGCCAAACUAUAUUAUUGACACAAUAUCCAAAAAGAGAAAGAAAUAUUUACAUUAUCAUGAAAAUUACAAAUUGAGAGAAGAAGAUUUGAAUAUGAAAACAAUUCUCGACUCUGAUUUUGAAUUCAUUCAAUAUUUAGCAGAACAUACUGAAGAUUGGACAAUAAUGAAUUCAGAUUCUCCCAUCAUUCAAAGUUUCAAAUCAAAAGAAAACUAUUCGAAAAUUCCAGAUAUGAAAAUGCAAAAGUUCAUUUCAAAAAUCAAUUAUUCCAUUGAAAAUGUCUUGAAAACAACUCUUUGUAACACAGAUGAAAUUGGUGAAAAGGAUAACAUGAUUGAAUGCUCUGAAUAUCAUCACUAUACUGAAAUUGAUCCUUCCGUUUCGAGUAGAAAAUAUUCUUCAGUCAUUCAAACUUCAAUUAUGAAUUAUGGAUCGAUAUUUAAGAAACGUUCAUUGGAAAAUGUAAUUUCAUGUAGGGCAACGUUUUGUGGAGAUGAAAUACAAGAUGCCAUUCAUCUCUACAAGACAUGUUCCUAUGUUUCUAAUAAGAAUGAAGAUUCUAAAGCUCCUGUAAAGAUAGUUAUUGUUGGAGGGAGAAUCUUUUCAAGAAUCGAUUCGAAUAGAACAAAAGUAAUUGAUGUACGAAUGUUCAAUGUUGGUGGAAUGUUUUUCAAUUCAGAUUUUGUAGUGCACAAACUUUCGUCCAAGAAAAUGCUAGACGAUACUUUGGAAUAUUUGGAAAAAUCAAUGAAGAAAUCAGAAAAGGAAGGUUUCCCAAUGCCACAAUCUGAUAAGCAUUUUAUUUGGAAAACUUUUGCAGAUUAUUGUAAAGUUCAUUGUAAAGUAAAUGUUGAAUUGAAAUGGGAGAAAAACUAG